CUUUAGACUGAUCUUCACGCUUUAUAAUGGAAACACAAUGCUAUUAAGGAAACGCCAUUUUCCUGCAGCUGCAUGCUAAUUUAAUGAUCUUCUCAUGAUGAUCUGAAUAUAUUUCAGGUUAUUGUUUAGAGAUCUUCGCUUUAUUUACAGACUGAAGCCAGUUUUCUGAUCUAAUAUUCAUUUCUGCAGUACAGGCGGUGACUGAGGCACUUUUUCUGCCCCAAAUAUGGGCUUGGAAUGUGCGCCAUGACGUAGCCAGACAAAGGGGCGGGGCCACAUGUCAUUAGACCACGCCCUCUACCUCCGUCUCCCCGCCCCCGUCCGGAGGCUCCGCAAAGGGACCCUAGAAACCGGAAGUGGUCGCAUUUUUGUCUUUAAUUAGGAAAUGUACAGGCGCAGUUAAAUUGUCAGUUUGUUUCUACGUACUCAUGGUAAUAUUUUCUGUGAGUUUUGAGUAAAUCUCUAACAUCCCUCGGUUCUGUUUAAUGGAGUGGACGUGGAUGUGUAUUAGAGCGCAGCCUCAUUCCCCUGCUGGAGCCCUUGCAACAGGAUAAAAGGGCGGGGAUUCAACAGGGGGAGGGGAAACAGACCACGCCCACCGUGUCCACAGCAGCCGCGCGUGCCGCCUGGGAAUAACGGUACAAAGCCGUAGGAGUCGCGCGCGCGCGAUCCGUCAUAGGAUUUAACGUUGGGGGAAAAAAAAGCGGAAAUACGCCAUUUUUAAUUUUUUAUCAUUUUAUUUUUGACUCUAAAGAGGGAAGAUGGAUGAUCUGGGGGAGCCUGACUCGUCUAACUACCCUCUCAGCCCUCGUAUUGUCGUGUUUGAUGCUCUCCUGGCAGAUCUGGAGAGCUCGGCUUCUCCUCUCGCACGCUGCCCAGUCCUGUUGACCUCUGAGCCCCCGGUGAACUCUGACCCCUCACCCACGUGCAAUCAAGACUCCGCUCAGAAACGACCUCCUCCACCUGCAUACACACCUCAACAGACAGUCUCAGCUGCGAUGAAGUCGAACGGCUCUCAGACCCCUGACAAGCUUUACAGCACGGUGUGUAAACCUCGUUCUACUCGCUCUCCUGAUCCGCCUGCGUUUUCCUCCUCAUCAGUGUUGGGGGGAGGACUGAGCGAACUGGACCACCUGCUGCAGGAGCUCAAUGCCACCCAGUUUAACAUCACCGAUGAAAUUCUGGCUCAGUUCCCAACGAGUAAGAAGGAGAACAAGGACAAGGAGAAAUCCGGAAAGUCUCCUCCCACCACUGGGUCCGGGAAACCCUCCGCAACCUCAGCCACCUUGGAACUGGACAAACUGAUGGCAUCUCUGUCGGAUUUCCGCGUGCAGAGCGUGCCGGCAGCUCAGGCCAAUCCCGCGCCUCUGCAGCAACCCGUGUCCCCGCCCCCGGCGUCCUCCGGAGGUUCCCUGGACAGCAUGCUGGGCCUCCUCCAGUCAGAUCUGAGCAGGCAGGGAGUGUCCACUUCAUCCAAGGGAAACUGCUCUGCCUGCCAGAAACUGAUCGUGGGACAGGUGGUGACGGCACUGGGGAGGGUGUGGCACCCCGAACACUUCGUGUGUUACGAGUGUGAAUGUGAACUGGGCAACCGCAACUUCUUUGAGAAGGACGGGCAUCCGUACUGCGAGCCGGAUUACUUCAGCCUGUACUCGCCUCACUGUGCGCACUGCAACAAACCCAUUCUGAACAAAAUGGUCACUGCGCUGGAUAAGAACUGGCAUCCUGAGUGCUUCUGCUGUGUCAAGUGCAGCCGGACGUUCGGAGACGAAGGCUUCCAUGACCGUGAGGGACAGCAGUACUGUCAGCAGUGUUUCCUGGCCAUGUUUGCGUCACGCUGUGAAGGCUGCUCUCAGCCCAUCGUGGAGAAUUACAUCUCCGCUCUCAACGCCCUCUGGCACCCUCAGUGCUUCGUCUGCAGGGAGUGUUUCAGCCCUUUUGUGAACGGAAGCUUCUUCGAGCACGAGGGUCAGCCGCUGUGUGAGGCGCACUAUCACCAGUCUCGCGGCAGCGUGUGUCAGGCGUGUCAGCAGCCCAUCGUCGGACGCUGCGUCACCGCCAUGGGCGCCAAGUUCCACCCGCAGCACCUGGUGUGUCAGUUCUGCCUUAAACCUCUGAGCAAAGGCUGCUUCAAGGAGCAGGACAACAAGCCGUACUGCCACCCGUGUUUCCUCAAGCUCUUCGGCUGAACUUGGACCGGAGGGGGGGUGUCCAGUACAUUCCACAAAAACACAGGAGGCUUUACAGAAUCAAUAUACUUAUCUCGCAUCUUUUGUCCUUAUUUAAAAUAAGUUGUGCAAAAGAACCAAAAAAAUAAGUGCAGUUUUAUAAAGUGUUGUGCUAUCCACGUUUUUUUUUUGUACGAUAAAGAACUCAUUCAGAAAGAAGCAAUCUAUAUUUCCACGCUCCAGACAGAAUGAAGACAUUCACAUGCAACAGCUCGAAGCAACAACAUAUUGCUGCCCGUGGACUAAAUUUCUUUAGUGUUUGAUGAUAAUUUGAGUCAUUUUGGGAUUUUAGCCCAAUUUUUUUUUCCUUGUAGAAUUUACCAACACAUCUGAUUGUUCUGCCAGGUUCUUCCCAUUUUCAGCAACAUUGUGCCUUUACAUUAAUAGCCAAUGUCGAGCAUGCGGCCGGUAACGUAUCGGUAACGUAUCAGUAACGUUUAAUGUCCCGUCAAUGUCCCGCAUGAUUUAUUUCCAUUUUUUUCACACUAUCAUGUUGAACUAUUGGCGUGCCUGUAGAUUUUCAUUUAAAAAUUAGGGAAUGUAGGAUUUAACCCCCAUAAACACACACACACACACACACACACACACACACACACACACACACAUUUUAUUCAAUACAGGGAACAUUCCUGAUAUGGACAGAGGACUAAGCCAGGAAGCAUGUGGCCGAGGUUACAUUGUGCGGCAUUUUUUACGGCAGCGGUUCACCCGUUAAAUCACCAUUACCUGAUUAGCCUUGAUUCAAAAGCAUGACAACACUGUGACCUCAUAAGCUAACCUACUUAGCUAGCUGUUUAUUAAAGCUAAAUGGAUAGAUCAAUAGAUACAUACAAAUUUAUCAUCAUUGCCUACUUCAGGUACACAAAUACAGUAUGCAGUUUAGCAUCUACCUGAAACGCAAAUAAUAGCACUUCUGGUAGAUGCUAAACUGCGUUUUGUUAUGAGCUAACCUGCCCAGCUAGCUAGCUAGAAGAAAUCUAGCUUCAUAGAAAUAGCGAAAUUAAAUCAGAUGAAGUUUACUAACGCCAGGUCUUGCCUCAAAUGACGUUAACUUUUCCUCGAGACGAACGACAUUCUCGGCACAUAUCUACCCUCAAGGCCAAAGUGUUUUCUUUUCCUUGAAAGAGCAAAUAAGUCACUAAUCGGUCGCUGACAAUCACCAGCUCUCUCGUUCCGCCUUUUACAGAAUAAAAAAAAGCUCGUUUGCAUAAAUAAUUUCCAAAGAUCCUUUAUUAUUAUUAUUAUUUUAAUUAUUAUUAUUAUUUUUUUUUACUAUUUGGAUCAAAGUUUCAUUCGGUUUCUGAAAGUAAAAAAAAUCCGAGAAACAAUAAAUGAUUUUAGUUUAAUAUAUUUGCUUUAAGUAGCUUACAGUCACUGCUAUCGCAUAUGUGGUUACACAUAUUUGUAUGUAUUUUUUAUCCAAAAAAAAAAUUGUCAUUACUGCCAAAGAUUUAUUGUAAAAGAUGUUUACACUUAUGCAGUCUUCAUAAUCAGAUAAGCUGUUGGUGUAUUUGUGUGUCUCUGCUCUUCCUGCCACACAAUGAAGACGACAAUAAACACUUUCCUUUGUAAUGAA